AAUAUUACAAACUUUAAAAAUAAAUUGUAGUUUUUUGUAAUUUUAUUUUCUCGUAUUAUUGAAAUGCAAAGUCGUUAUUUUAGUUCACAUUUAUCAAUCAAUUUGAAUAGAUCGUAGGAAAGCAAAUUGUAAGAAUAGAAAUGUCAAUUGAAAUAUUUCAAAGUAGUCGAAGUAAGAAAGAAUUGAAGGUUUUAUUUAUAUCAAAGCGAGACUCAUGUCGAGCUCCAAUAGCAGAUACAAUAUUUAAUCAUCUUGCUGAUAAAUAUUCGAAUCGUAAUUUUAAUAAAUUUAUUUGGAGAUCAUCAAGUGCUGGACUUGAAGUGCCCCAGGCAUCGCAGGGAAAAUUACCAGAUCAAAAAACAUUGCGUGUCAUUAAUGAAAAUCAUCUUGAAACAAUGCACGGAUGUAGACAAAUUAAAAUGUUUGAUUUUUCAAGGCACGACUAUAUUUUGUACAUGGAACCUUCACAACUUGAACCAUUGCUUGAAAUGGCCCCAAUUGACAAAAAAUCUCGACUUCACAUGCUUGGCGAUUUUAUUCAAGGACGCGAAAAAAAUAUUGAAGAUCCAUUUUAUGUAAGUGUCAGGCGCGUAGCAAGGGGACAAAUCCAUUUUCGUCAUCAGAAAUUUCUUAAUUUUGCUAAGGUUUUAAUGAAAUAUUCGCAAAAAUCCACACCUCCCUAAAAUGUUUCCAUACAAAAAAAAAUUUUGUCCACCCUCUUCAAAUUCCUGACUCCGUCCCUGGUAAUUGUGUGUCCAUCAAGUAGAACGGUGACCUAACGAGUUGAGUGAUGUACUAUAUAUGGGUUUUUUGUGCUAUUUUGUGAAAGCAGAAAAACAACCUCUUUGAAUUUUGUGAAGAUUCCAGGUCCGAGAUAUGAGCAUUUGAAAACGAAAAUAGGUCCGAUUUUUCACAUUCUUACUUUUUCAACUUUAUCUCAAGCAAGACUAAACGAAAAUUGUUGAAACUUUGCCUGUUUUAUGUGCAAUUGACCCUUAAUCAAAU